AUGCAUACAUUCAAGAAACUCAAGUUUUUAUAUCCUCUUCUCAUCCUCAAUCUCUUCUUUCUCACUUGUCAAUCCCAACACAGUUCUACAACCUUCUGUGGCAAAAUCCCAAUUCAGAGUCCCUUUCUGAGUUCAAAUUCAACUGUUCCAUCCCCAUUAAAUCACAUGAUACUAUGCAGAUCUCAGAAGCUGUUCUUCAGAACCUCUCUUGGUCUUUUCCCAGUUUCUUCAGUAGACUACACAACUAAAACAUUAAUCAUUUCUCACCCUUCUUGCUCUUCUUCUCGGCACUUUGUCUCUCCUGCUCUUCUGUCUGCUGGUUUUCCUACUCCUCCAAAGCCUAACUCACUUCUUCUCUUCAACUGCUCAACCAAAAUUUAUCCAAUGACAUCAUUUAAAGGUAACAACACUAGCUUGAAGGGUUGUGCAGCUUCAUCUGAAACUCAACAACUUGAAGGCCCUUAUUCAUGUCUACUUGUUAAUGAUGUUGAAAAGCUCGACAAGGGUUUUCAUCCAAAAGAUUUGAAUUGUUCACAUUACAGCAGGGUGUAUAGAAGUUCUUCAAAUGAUGAUUACAACAAGGAAUAUGAAUUGGGGACAAGGAUAUCCUUCGACAUUCCUGAUCAUGUGCCAGAUAUCUGCAAUGAAUGCGGAAAGCCUAAUGGAAAUUGUGGAGUGGGAUUGAGAUGUAUAUGCCACCCUAAAGAGUGUAGAGAUAAGGUCAUUUCUAUGGCUGGAUCAGUCAAGCCCUUUGGUAAUAAUGCGCUCUUAUCUAUACUUUCUUCCCUUGUAGUCUUGGUUUCCUUCAUGAACUUUUGAUAUAAGAAACUUAAAUGCUUUGCAUAUACUAGAUCUUCCAAGUUUCCCUUUCUAAUUGCUGUUGUAUCAGAAAUCCAAUAAUGCAACUUCUAGAUGGCUGUAGCCUUAUCAUUUUUCUCA